CCCACAUUGAAAUGCCGCAAAUGACUCGGGCCGCGUGUAGUGCGGUCCACGCCCGGCCGAGCAGAGCUUGAGCUUCGCGGGCCGUGCAGGUCGGGUCUGCGGCACGGGGCACAGGCUGGGAGCAUGAGGACUUCUCACCAGGGGCUGCUGUGGGCCGCUGCCCUGCUCCUCACUGCUGCUGGGGCUGCAGCAGAAGACAGGUGUAGCCGGAAUGAGUUUCAGUGUCGGGAUGGGAAAUGCAUCUCCAACAAGUGGAUUUGUGAUGGCAGCUCCGAGUGCCAGGACGGCUCUGAUGAAUCCCAGGAGACAUGCAUGUCUGUCACCUGCAAACCAGAGGACUUCAGCUGUGGAGGCCGUGUAAACCGCUGUAUUCCUAACUCCUGGAGAUGUGACGGCCAAAUGGACUGUGAGAAUGGCUCAGAUGAGCAAGGCUGUCACCUCAAGACCUGCUCCCAGGACGAGUUCCGCUGCCAAGACGGGAAGUGCAUUGCUCAGCACUUCGUCUGUGACAGGGACCGGGACUGCCUGGAUGGAUCCGAUGAGGCCUCCUGCCCGGUGACCACCUGUGGCCCUGCCAGUUUCCAGUGCAACUCCUCCGUCUGCAUCCCGGAGCUGUGGGCCUGCGACCAUGACCCUGACUGUGAGGACGGCUCUGAUGAGUGGCCACAGUACUGUGGGGACCACGACACAUCCCAAGGGAACCAAGGCCCCUGCUCGUCACUUGAGUUCCACUGUCACAGUGGAGAAUGUAUACACAUCAGCUGGCGCUGUGACGGCGGCCCCGACUGCAAAGACAAAUCCGAUGAGGAGAACUGCGCCGUGGCCACCUGCCGCCCUGAUGAGUUCCAGUGCACAGAUGGGACCUGUAUCCACGGCAGCCAGCAAUGUGACCGAGAAUAUGACUGCAAGGACAUGAGUGACGAACUUGGUUGUAUCAACGUGACACUCUGUGAAGGGCCCAACAAGUUCAAGUGCCACAGUGGGGAAUGCAUCACCAUGGACAAAGUUUGCAACUCAGUCAGGGACUGCCGGGACUGGUCGGAUGAGCCCAUCAAGGAGUGUGUCACCAAUAAAUGCUUGGACAACAAUGGGGGAUGUUCCCACGUGUGCAAUGACCUCAAGAUCGGCCACCAAUGCUUGUGCCCCGACGGCUUCCAGCUGGUGGACCAGCGCAGAUGUGAAGAUAUCGACGAGUGUCAGGAGCCCAACACCUGCAGCCAGCUCUGUGUGAACCUGGAGGGCAGCUACAAGUGCGAGUGUGAGAAGGGCUUCCAGAUGGACCCCCGCACCAGGGUCUGCAAGGCUGUGGGUUCCAUCGCCUACCUCUUCUUUACCAACCGCCAUGAGGUCAGGAAGAUGACGCUAGACCGCAGCGAGUACAUCAGCCUCAUCCCAAACUUGAAGAACGUGGUUGCUCUGGACACUGAGGUGGCCACCAACAGAAUUUACUGGUCCGACCUGUCCCACAGGAAGAUCUACAGCACCCAGAUCGACAGAGUCCCCAGCAUGUUCUCCUACGACACUGUCAUCGGCACGAACCUGCAGGCCCCGGAUGGGCUAGCUGUGGACUGGAUCCACGGCCAUAUCUACUGGACCGAUUCCAUCCUGGGUACCGUAUCCGUGGCUGACACCAAGGGUGAGAAGAGGAGGACGCUGGUCCAGGAGAAAGGGUCUAAGCCGAGGGCCAUUGUGGUGGACCCCGUGCACGGCUUCAUGUACUGGACAGACUGGGGGACCCCUGCCAAGAUUGAGAAAGGGGGCCUGAAUGGUGUGGAUGUCUACUCAUUGGUGACAGAAGACAUCCAGUGGCCCAAUGGCAUCACCCUGGAUCUUUCCAGUGGCCGCCUCUACUGGGUUGACUCCAAACUCCACUCCAUCUCUAGCAUCGAUGUGAACGGUGGCAAUCGGAAGACCAUUUUAGAGGAUGAGAAGCGGCUGGCCCACCCCUUCUCCUUGGCCAUCUUUGAGGACAAAGUAUUUUGGACGGACAUCAUCAACGAAGCCAUUUUCAGUGCUAACCGCCUCACAGGCUCGGACAUUAAUUUAGUGGCUGAAAACCUGUUGUCCCCAGAAGACAUUGUCCUGUUCCACAACAUCACGCAGCCGAGAGGGGUGAACUGGUGUGAGAGGACAGCCCUCCCCAAUGGUGGCUGCCACUACCUAUGCCUGCCAGCCCCACAGAUCAACGCGCACUCCCCCAAGUUCACCUGCGCCUGCCCAGACGGCAUGCUUCUGGCCAAGGAUUUAAGGAGCUGCGUCACAGAGGCUGAGCCUGUGCUGACCACCCAGAAGCCAUCUACCGUCAAGCCCAUGGUCAGUGUGACACCAGUGGGGACAAAGCACAAGGACACCCAGUCAGCUUCCAGCACCUCCUGGCAACCUACGGCCACCCCUGGGUUCACCACAGCAGAGUUGGUGACAAUGUCCCACCAAGUCCAGGGUGACUUUGCCAGCAGAGGGAACAAGGAGAAGCAGCCACAGAGAGUGGGGGCUCUGACCAUCGUCCUUCCCAUCUUGCUGAUUGUCCUGUGUUUCGGGGCCUUCCUGCUAUGGAAGAACUGGCUGAGAAACAUCAACAGCAUCAACUUUGAUAACCCCGUGUACCAGAAGACCACGGAGGAUGAGGUUCACAUCUGCCACAGCCAGGACGGCUACACCUACCCCUCGAGACAGAUGGUCAGCUUGGAGGAUGAUGUGGCUUGAACAGCUGCCGAGAGCCCUGUUCCUCUCCGGAACCUAUUGACACUCACCGGCAGGAAGGACAUUUUCUCCCCAGACCCUUGACCGACUGCCCACCUCCUGCCCAAGACCUUGACCCUGGAGGUGCUGCUGGCGGCCUGUCUGCCUGAGCUUUGUUUUAUAUAUUUAUUUGUCUGGGGCACAGAGCAGGCUGCUUGUGGCACCCAUUGAAGGGACACAGGCUGGGAUUUCUGUCAUCUUCCUGUAUGAAGGAGAAGAGGAAAAGCCUCAAUGAGCUGGGUGGCAUCUCACUUCUACUUUAGUCCCGCCUUUUUCUUCAUCACAACACGGAGGACCAAAGGAUGCAGGUGGAGAGAAGCAAGUGGCUUUAAAUGUGUGACAGUGUCCCAGUCUUCUCUGCACCCACCCACAGCCCCUAAACUCAGGAGUAUGAGUGUUUACCUCUGGCCUCUGAGUUAGCCUUCGCCCUGCCUCCCCCAAUUCAGGUCUAUGGAGCUGGGUUUGUGGCCUGCAGAAGCCAGAGAAGCAACUUGUGACAUUCAUGACUGAAACGGCCACCAACCCAUUCCAACUUGUUCAUAUGCCGAAACUUUGCCAGUUCCCCCAAGGAACAGCCUCAGUCACCAGUCACCCUUAAUAUUUAUUAAGUGCCUGAGAUACCUGGUUCCCUUGCUCACAAGGACCCACCACCUUGUCCCUCUAUGAGUGUCCUCAGCCGAGUGGUGGCCGUCUGGACCCCACCCCUGGCCCCUUCUGUCUGGAGCCUGCGCCUCACUUCCUUAAGCUCCUUGCACUUUCUGAGUUCAGGGUUGUACAUUGUGCAAAGCUGACGUUCUGAUUUUGCACUGUUUUCUGUCAUGUGUGUUGGGAUUUGGUUGCAGGCCGGUGGCCUGGCUUGAUGGAUGUGGGAGACAUGCAUGCGACAGAAAGAAAGGUCAGAUGGAUGGAGACUUUGAGGCCAUGACUGCAAAAAGCUGGAUAGCCAUUUGCUUGCUUUUUCCCUUUAUUUUCGAUGCUGGGGAUGGGAUCCAGGGCCUCAAGGCACUUGUCACUGAGCCACAGCCCUGGCCACCACCCUUUUUUCCUUUUUUGAAUUUAUUUUUUGGCGGGGGGCAAUACUGGAGUUUGAAA